CUGCCUGACACAUCGCUCUGGUUCCAUGGGACACCCCGGACAGCUCUGCGUCCAGGUCUGAUGAUACUUGGCAAAUUAACAUCUCUCUGAGACCCCCUUUCCAAGCCUCGCUCCCAACAUGUCGGUGGUGCAGACACCAUGGCAGGCUGGUACAGAAUGUGUUGCUAACUACGACUUUGAUGGGAAAACAGACCAAGAUCUUCCAUUUACUAAAGGAGAAUUCUUGACCAUUGUUGCUGUGACCAAGGAUCCAAACUGGUACAAAGCAAAAAAUAAACUGGGACGAGGUGGAUUCAUACCAGCCAACUAUGUUCAGAAAAGAGAAGGUGUUAAAGCUGGGGCCAAGCUCAGCCUAAUGCCAUGGUUUCAUGGCAAGAUAACCAGAGAACAGGCUGAACGGCUCCUGUAUCCACCAGAAACUGGGCUGUUUCUUGUGCGGGAGAGCACAAACUAUCCAGGGGACUACACACUAUGUGUGAGCUGUGAAGGGAAAGUGGAGCAUUAUCGCAUUAUCUAUAAAAAUGGAAAGCUCACCAUCGAUGAAGAAGCAUACUUUGAUAACCUAAUGCAACUGGUGGAGCACUACACUAACGAUGCUGAUGGCCUCUGCACUAGUCUUAUGAAGCCCAAACUAAUGGAGGGGACUGUGGCUGCUCAGGAUGAGUUCUUCCGGAGUGGUUGGGCUUUGAAAAAGAGUGACCUGCAAAUUUUGCAGACCAUAGGAAAUGGAGAAUUUGGAGAUGUGAAGUUGGGUGAAUACAAGGGAACAAAGGUAGCUGUAAAAUGUAUCAAGAACGAUGCAACUGCACAAGCUUUUAUUGCUGAGGCGUUAGUCAUGACGCAACUGCGACACAAAAAUCUAGUUCAGCUGCUGGGAGUGAUUGUUGAAGACAAGUGCAGCCUGUAUAUUGUCACAGAAUUCAUGGCAAAGGGCAGCUUAGUGGAUUAUUUAAGGUCCCGGGGAAGGUCGGUGCUAGGAGGGGAAUGUUUACUGCAGUUCUCUUUAGAUGUGUCGGAAGGUAUGGAAUAUCUAGAAGCCAAUAACUUUGUGCACAGAGAUUUAGCAGCACGCAAUGUUUUGGUGUCAGAGGAUAAUAUUGCAAAGGUGAGCGACUUUGGACUUACUAAAGAAGCCUCUGCAACACAAGACACCAGCAAACUGCCAGUGAAGUGGACAUCACCAGAGGCAUUGCGGGAGAAGCUUUUCUCAACAAAGUCUGACGUAUGGAGCUUUGGGAUUUUGCUGUGGGAAAUAUAUUCCUUUGGGCGAGUGCCUUAUCCACGCAUUGCCCUGAGAGAUGUUGUACCCAAGGUGGAGAAAGGAUAUAAGAUGGAUGCCCCAGAUGGUUGUCCUCCUAUUGUGUAUGACCUGAUGAAGAAGUGUUGGCAUCUGGACGCCAACCAGCGACCAACCUUCAGGCAACUUCGGGAACAGCUAGAGCAUAACAAAGCCAAUGAGCUGUACCAUUAAAGCAGGGGCAUGGUCUCGAGACCACCUGUUGCCACAGAGCCAGGGAGAAAGUGACUCUGCCAUAUCAGAAGUGUUGGCUGAGUUUCCAACAGAACUUCUGUGUGCACAGUAAAUACAUAUUGGGCUCUCUGAACUCCCCUGCCUUGCACUACCUGCCACCCUUGUGCCCAGAAACAGGCUGAAGAUCUCUGCUGGUCUCCAGAAGAAUGCUGAUGUUCUCUUAAAUGUUUUUGUUGUCACAUCUCACUCUCCCUACUGUGUCCACUUACUCAUUGGAAAAAAAGCCUUGAGUGGAAAUAAUAGGUCCAGUGGGCUUGGUACUUCUGAACUGAAGAGAACAGUGCAUUGCCAACAUCCAGGAGAAAUGGGGACCAAAUCUGAAAUAGUCUGGAAAAGUGUUGUUUUUAAGUAAAGCCGUUACACUUUGACAAAGACAGAAAAAUCACAGUGACCAGAGGAAUCAUUGCUUUAUACAAUCAGCAAUGCGUACUUUUAUUAACCAUUAAUGCAAAUAAUGAUGCAUGCUUCAGACCAGGAAAUUCUCCUCUGUUUCUUCUCUGCCUUAUUUACUAGGUUGCUUAUAAACUGACAUACGGAACUGAGAAGAGGCCUUUGCUGGU